AUGCGGACGCCGCCAGUGGGAUAUCCAUUGCGAGACUUGAGGAACUGCAUCGUCUUCAGCCAACAUGGCGACCAAGACCUGCCGAGCCAGCUUAGCGGUGGCGACCUCAACGGCGACCAGUACAACAUUAUCUGGGAUCGACAGGCAUGCCCGAAACGCUUUUUCGCCUCGGCCGACUACUCUCGGAUCACACCAACGGAGCUGAACCGCCAAGUCACGCGGGACGGCAAGGCUGGUUUCUUCGUCGACUUUAUGAAGUCUGAUAUGCUCGGCAUGAUUACCACGGAACACCUCAUCUAA